AUGAUGUAUGACCGGAAGAAAUACAAGCUGUUACCACCGGACAUUAUCAUUAUAUCCACCAUCAGCAUCGUGUAUAAAAGGGCAUCAUUGAGUGAGGAUGCCUCAUUCGAGGAGAUGGCUUCUGAAGAAAACCUGACUCGACACGAAGGCGAAGCUGCAACGUCGAGACGAACAACAAGCAUGGACCAUCGACUCGGACCAUCGGCUCUGAGGACGAAGACGUCGAAACGUUAG